UGCAGCCCCGACAGCCGGCUCAGCUCGACUUGCUGUAUCUCAGCUACGAUUCUAAGCAGCAUGGGCACUCCCGACGAGGUGGCGCGUUACUCGCUGGCCGAUGUGAAGGCGCGCACGGGCCGCAACGGGAGCGCCGUCUGGAUCGUCUACCGGGACUCCGUCUACGACCUCACCAAGUACCUAGAUGAGCACCCCGCGGGCGGCGACGUGAUCCUGGAGGAGGCAGGCACGGACGCCACCAAGGCCUUCGACGAGUCCGCGCACACGCCCGACGCCAAGACCAUCAUGGCCAAGUACAAGAUCGGGGAGCUCGUGGAGGAAGAGAAAAGGUACGACGCAAACGGUAAGAAGAAGAAGAAGGUUGUCAAAGCGGAACCAGAAGAGAACAGAAGAAGUUGCAUUAGCAUCAUCACUUGUGGGCUUGCUGGAUAAAGCUGAGCCUACAAUUUAGAUUCACGUUGGAAGAACCCGGAUUUAAAAUAAUUGACGCAAAAGUUGUUGUACGAUUGAGAGACUUUACCUAAAUUAAGUAGG